AAACCGUUUGAAAAAUUGAAUGGAGUCCUAUAUUUUAAUUUAAUAAUGUUUAUAUUUAAUUAUUCGUUUGAAUAAUGUCUAUUUUAAGUAAUUUGUUUAGUAGUUUAUUGAAUUAUAUCCGUCGUAUUUUUGACACUAUAUUCACUCGACGCAUUACUAAUUCGUUAUUAAUAUUUGUAAAGUCUAACACUGGUACUGUAGUACCUGUGGGAUUGGAUCCAAAAUGGGAAGUGAGAGACGUCAAAGAGUUUGUUGCACCAAAGUUGGGUAUGAUCCCUGAAGAGGUUGGUUUACAUAUUUAUUGUACAUUAUAUUUUUAAGUUAUACUAAUGUGUUUUGUACUUUUGUUAUUGUUCCGGUAGUUAACAAUCAUAUUUGCUGGUAAAGAAUUACACGAUUCAGAAUUAUUAGAAGAAUACAAUUUAGCUGAGCAAACUGUGCUCCACGUUGUUAAGUCAAGACAUAGGAAUUCAUUAAAACAUGAACAUCAUAUAUCUGUUUGUGUUGAAGAAGAUGAUGAAUUUGAUGACAAAAAACGAGCAGAAGUAAACUUUUAUGUAUACUGUUCUUUACCUUGUGAUAAUAUCACUGUUGGUAAAAUCCGUGUAAGGUGUUUCAAAUGUAAAAGUGGUGCUUUUACUGUAGACGGUGAUCCAAAAAAUUGGAAUGAUGUGCUUAAACCAAAUAGAAUAACUGGACAUUGUGAGAUCUCUCAGUGUACAGUACGUAUUUGUUUACAAUUUGUACAAUUUUGUAUAUGAAUACCAAGUUAAUGUAUGUAAUAAAUAGGCUUAAGGACUUUUAGCUCUAAAAAUAAUACAAACAUGCUUUAAACAUUUUUUAUCUAACUGACAAAUUGAUAUACAUGCUGUUCCAUGAAGAUAUUUCUAUUUGACUGUUACUUUUUACAUAAUUCAAAAAAUAAUAUGUACAUGUUAGCAUUUUUUAAGCCUAGUAAUAAAUAUAUAUAAACUGUUAAUUUUUUUUUAAGGAUGGACAAGUUGGGUGGUCAGAGUUUUAUUUCAAAUGUUCUGAACACGUAACCAAAGGUGAAACUGAUGAAGCUGUAGCACUACAUUUGAUUAGAAAUAACUUACACGAUAUCCCAUGUUUAGCUUGUACAGAUGUUAGGUAAUAUUAUUUAAUGUUUUUAUGAUAUAAAUAGUCUUAUUUAUUAUGUUUUUUUAGACCAAAAGUGUUUGUAUAUCCAUGCGAAGACUACCACGUUACCUGUCUAGAAUGUUUUUGUAAUUAUGCUAUUGUCAGACUCAGAGAAAGACAAUUUGUAUUAGAUGAAAAUCUUGGCUACACUAUAUCAUGUCCAGCUGGUUGUCCAAAUAGUUUAAUAAACCAACCAUAUCAUUUUAAAGCAUUAACCAAAGACCAUGUAAGUAUUAUGGUAUGAGUUGUUCAUUUUAUGUUGACAUAUCAACUGAAAAGCUAAGUAAGAAACAUUAGAAAUCUUUUAAAUGUAAUUCAAUAUUGUAUAGUUUGUUCCAUUAAUAAUAAGCACUAAAGAUUUAAAUAUAAAUGAUUUUAAGUUAAUUUAUUAUUGUUAAUUAUUAAUAGUUUUAUUGUAAAUAAUUUUUUUUUUAUUUAUACAUAUUUAAGUCUAUUUUUAUUAAGAUACAGGCUGUCCCACAAAGAUAUACCCCUUGAAUAUCUUCGGAGAUAAUAAAGAUAAUCAAAUUCUGGUUUUUAUAUUACUCACAGGGAAGAGGACUACACAUAUUUAUAUUUGAAUUAAUUUUUUUUUUUUAUUAAAAAAAUAACUAUUUGAUUACUUUUAGAAAAUUUUAAGAUAGCCAUUAUGUAAAGAUUAUUUUUCUGAAAGUUUUAAUUUAUCACACAUUUAUAUCCGAUGAAUGGUUUCUAAGUAACAGCCAUUUUAAAUUCUUUUAAUCCGUGUGAAAACCAAUGUUAUCACCAGUUAGUUUAUUCCUUAGAUAACACUGGUUUUCACACAAAUUAGUAGAAUUUAAAAUGGCUGUUACUUAGAAACUAUUCAUCGGAUAUAAAUGUGUGGUAAAUUAUAAUUUUCUGAAAAAUAAUUUUUACAGAAUAGCUAUUUUAAUCUUAUACAAAAAUAAUAAAAUAAAAAAAAAAUUAAUUUAAAUAUAAAUAUUUAUAGUUCUCUUCCCUGUGAGUAACUUAUUUUUCAAACAUUGAUAAAAAUUUAAAUUACAAUAAAUAUUAUGCAGUAAAUGAUCAUGAUCACGGUCGUGAACACAAACAAAAGUACACGCGCACACACACAUAAAAUUUAUCAAAAGAGCUAAGUACUCCAAUAUUAAUACAAGGUAUAACUUGGCCGAUCAUAACUAAUAGAAUCGUGAUGUUUGAUUACAAUAACAAUAACAACCAUAUGUCGUAUACACAGUUCUAAUUAAAAAUAAAUUGUUUUUACCUGAACAUUAAAUUACAAUCAAUUUUCAGAAUAGUAUAAUUCAAAAUAUUGAAAAUGUGUGGAGGCUCUUUAUUUUUAAAUCAAUGAUAUACUAACAUAAUAUACAUUAAUAUGCUUAAAGUCUUUAAAUAUCCAACAUCAUAUAAACGUAGUCAAAUAUGCAACAUAAACUUUUGUAUUUAGAUUGUAUGUACUAUGAAACAAAUUUGUGUUGAAUCAGAUUUUUAAUAUGUAGCUUCCUAAGAAAUAUGUAAAUGCAUAAAGUUUUGAGCCCUGAUAAUAAAUAAGUAAAGUUGGAAUCUUAGUUGAAUCCCGACAAUUGGGUUAUAUAUUCAAGUCUAAACUUUGGUUGGUCUUAAUAAUAUUUUUAAGUGUAUAAUUCUUAUACUGUUUUUUUAAUUAACAAUCACCUCAACCACAUACCACUUGUACUCUCUUUCCUUAAUAUUGCCAUAACCAUCCUAGGAAAUCAGGAUUACUCGUAUUAAGUGUACAUGUAUAUUAUUUUAAUAUUUAUUAAUUGUACUUUGAAUAAAUUUUAUCAUUGUUAAAUUACUGCUCUGGUUAAGUGAAUAAGACUAGGUAUAAAUAUUAACAACUCUUUACAUUCAAUAUUGGAAAUUAUGUAGGCGUGUUGCAGCUCCUUGACAUUUAACUCCAGAAACAUAUUAUAUAUUUACAUCUUUUUACUUUCUAUUUAUUAUAAGCAUUUUGAUUAUGAUUAAACAUUAAAACAUGUAUUAUAUUUUUUAAUGCUUGUACAAUUUAAUAAAUUCAAAAUUAGAAAUUAAUAAUUUUAUGUUUAUGACUUUUUAAAUGUCUUGGUUUUUCAAUUGAUAUAAUGACAUGGAAAUUUAUAAGUAUCUUGUUUUAAUGUUUUCUUGUUUAUGUAUUUAUUAGUUUAAUAUGUAUGAACGAUUUGCUACUGAAGAAUAUGUGCUUAGGCAUGGUGGUGUACUAUGUCCUCAACCUGAUUGUGGUGCUGGCAUACUUGUUGACGAAGAAUGUGAUAAAGUGACUUGCAUUAAUGGUUGUGGGGUAAUAUUAUACGUACAAAAUCUGCAUUUGGAUAAUAUUAAGUGAAUUAUUUUUAAUUUCUAGUAUGUGUUUUGUAAAAAAUGCCUUCAAGGAUAUCAUAUUGGUGAAUGCCUACCAAAAGAAGAACAAUUAAUUAUUGAUAUAACUGGUUAUUCAGUUGACCCUAAACUAGUUUCACAGGUACUUAUUUCAUUUUAAAUACUUUUAUAAAACAUUAACAUAAGAUUUAUGUACUUUAAAAAACAUUAGUAUAAAAUUUCUAUUAAAAAUAAAUUGUAGGCUAAAUGGGAUGAUGCGAGCAAAAUAAAAAUCAAAGUUACUACAAAACCUUGUCCAAAAUGUCGUACAGCUACAGAACGGGAUGGUAAUUAUUUCAAUUAAAUAAUCAGUUAUAUUACUUAAAUGCUUAAUUUUAAAUUAUUGAUUGUUGAUUUUUAUAUUGUAUAAUAUUUUAAGGAGGUUGUAUGCAUAUGGUUUGUACACGAUGUUCAUUUCCAUGGUGUUGGUUAUGUCAAACAGAAUGGACAAGAGAGUGCAUGGGCAGCCAUUGGUUUAGUUGAAUCAGUACUCAAAUAUUUAGUUUUAUGGUACAGAUUUUUCUCUUGAAAAAUUGAAUUGUAUCUUAUAACUAAUGAUUACCAUAGAGCAUUAAAUAUUAACAAUUUUUUUUUGGUUGGCAAAUAUUUAAGUUUAGUUUUAAUUAAAACUAAUUUUCUUUAUAACAUGACUCAAUUUUUUUGUUGUAUCAAUAAUGUAGUCAGUGAUGUUUCAUGCAUUAUGUGUAAUCCUAUGUGUGAUAUUAUUAUAUUUGUAUAAAGCAAUUACAUAUUUUUAAAUGUAUUGUUUUCCUAACUAAUUCAGUUUAAUAUAAUUUAUUCAAUAUACAUCAUAUUACUAUAAUUAUUUUAUACUAAAUAUUU